ACUUAAAACUGGCGACGAUAUCUUAACAGGUGGGAAUCGAAAUCGAUUAUUUCAUAACCAUUUAGUAAUUUAAUAGGGAGAAGUAUUUGCCUAGAUGUUGAAGUUACAUCGAAUUCAUUUAAGUAAAGUGGGUUGCGUACGCAAUCUCUCAAAAAAAUGUAAUGAACUUGGCCCACGGCCUUUGAAGGAAGGGCCCUUUUAUCCAGCAUUACAAGAUGUAUCAUUAAAGGCUCGACAACAGAAGGAUUCUGUGGAUUGGCAUGAUGAUAUUGGCCAAGUACCAACAGUCGAGGAAAAAUUACUUAAAAUGAAUAUGCCACGAUACUACGGGUACAAAGUAGUAAACUUUAGCGAUAGCAAGACCCCUUACAACGAUAUGCCAGUAACUCAGCACUAUACACGCACUGUUAUGGAAAAGUUGGAAUCGUCUAAAACAGGUCCCAUCGAAAAGGAAAAGGCUGAACGUAUUUUUAACACAGCACGUAAAGAAACUAUUGAAGCCCUUGAAUUUUCUUACGACUAUUGCCGGCAUUUAGUUCGGAUGACAAGUAAAUCGGUUGAUUACGUUGCCCGUGAAAAGCAUAUCACGCAGAUCAUUGUUGAACAAUUGAAUAGAGCCCUGUUAAAAGUAAUGAGCCCAGAAUAUCCACACUUAAGUGAAGUCGAAAUAGAUUACAAUCCUCGCCAUGAAGCUUUUUGGGCAGUAGGAGGUGUACAAUCUACUAAAAACGUUGUUAAUUCAAGAAAUGGAUGCAAAUGGCAAAUCAAGGAGGCGAAUAAUUCCAGCGACCGGAUAAUACAAUACUCUGGUAAUCCUUAUAUGUGUCUGCGUCAUCACAAGCAGCUAGCAUCUUGGAAAACACCCUUUGAAAGUAAUGACGUUGGGUUGAGCCAAAAUUUACCGCUAUUUAAAUACGAUGUACGUUGUCUAGGUUAUAACACAGAGCAUCGGCAUGUCACAAAUAUUCCCGGCCAUUGGCCUUGCGGAAAUGAACAGACUUUUGCAUUUUUGUCCGUUCAUUCGCGAGCUCACCUUCAACUUCGACCGAAAUGUUAUGCGAAAAAUGACUUGCAGGAAGCCCUUGAUGCUUUAGCGAUAAAAGCUUCGUACUGUCUGCUUUUGGCCCACGCCAGUUACCACGGCUUUAACACUUACAACGACGUUACCUAUCCUUUGAAUACCCAAACUAUCAUUACAAACGGUCAGGAAUGGAGCUUUUAUGAGUAUCAAUUGAAUACAUUACUAAUUCAUGGUGAUAAUGCGGUUGGAAAUCCAAAAGUCAACUUCUGUCGGGGAUCUCCACCUCUACCACUCUUUGCAGAAGUUUCCCCAACGGGAAAGUGCGUAGGCUUCAACGAUGAAACGUUAAAGCAGCUAUUAAACUUUUAUGGAAAUGUUCCAAAAAUACAGCGCACUCCUAAAGAGCUACAGCCAUUUAUUUCAUCACGCUUAUCAGAGUAUACAAAUUCUGAUCAAUGUGACUUUAUUGAUAAAAAAUUUAAACAUUUAACGUCAAAUCGUCAACGCCAUCUUGAGAUACCAGAAAUUUUCCUAUGGGAGAAACUCUAUAAGAUCGAUAACAAAACUCGUCCUAUGGAAGCAAAAAGGCGAUUUUUUGAAAGGAAUAUUAAUCCAUGGCGACGACGACUUGAUGAAUACGAUGAAGAAUAUGUGCCUAAAGCCUUACGACUACGAAAUGAGCGUAAAAAUAAAGCUUUUAAAGAAAAAUUUUACCCUUAACAAAAAAAAAUGUAUAUGCUUUUUUAAAAUAAAAAAAUAAAUAAAAACUAGGAACAAA